GCUGAGACGACGAGCGGUAUUUUGAGUGUGGCUUGUGGACGGUGGCUCAAGAAGUGAUUCAUAUUUACCUGUUGCGCAGUGGAAAGAAAGUUCCUUAGAAAGUAUAACGUCUUCAGGCGGUGCGAGCGCGUAGCAGUAGUUUUUCUUCUUGCCAACUAAACGGACGCUUUCGCGCAUGCGCGGUGCUAACCAUAAUAAAUAAAUAAAUACAUAUACCUGCUUGCUUGUUGUUGCUUUUAUUAAGCGCUAUUUUGAUUUACGGCGCUGAGAUUUUGGUGCUGUAAACAUUUUGUUAUAAUUAUUGCGCGCAGCCGCGUUCGAACGUCUAAAGUCAGUCGCGUGUAGCAAAUUCCAUCAAAACAAUUUAGACUUUACGCCGUGCGUGCGAAUUGUGAAAGUUAAACUCGACAAACAAUUAUGUUGCUGCUGCGAAAGGCUGUCUUCCUGUUGGCGCUGCUUUGCGUCAACUUGUCCGCCAUUCACUCAGCGAAUCAACAGCAAGAUGAUUCGAAUCCACUGCUCGACAUGGCUUCCAUGUUCAUACAGGAGGCGUUGAACAGCCAAACGGGUAAUGGUGGUGGUGGCGCCGGUGGCGGUGCUGGUCUUGCCGGUGUCGCCUCGCUCAUUGGCAGUUUCAUGAAUGCGAAUGCAGGCGGCGGUGCGGCUGGCCAAGGCAAGGCGUCCGCAGCCGGCGCUAUGCAAAUACUAUCCGGUAUCGGCAGUUUGUUGGCUAACGCGGGACAAAAUGGUGCGCGCUCUGGUGGUGGCGCAGGUAGUGGUGGUGGUUUCGAUCCUGCCAUCAUCGGUAAUGUGCUCGAAAUGUUUACCAACAGCGAUUCCGACGCAGAUGCGGCAGGCGCUGGCGCACGCAAUAAUGGUGGCGGCGAUGCCGGCAUUGGCUUGGAUUCCAUACUGCAAAUUGCUUCGGUCUUUAUGAAUGCCAAUAGCGGUGGCAGCGGCAGUGGACAGCAGCAGCAGCAUCAGCAUCAUCAGCAGCGACGCUCUGCGCAUGCGAAUGUGAAUAUGCGCGAGAAUGAAGUUGAGGACUCGGAGGAUAAUGGUGGUUUCAUGAGCCUGCUGCCGUUGGUUAUGCAGGCUGUAAGCUCGUUUGCCGGUCCUGAGGGACAACAGACGCAGGAGAAACACAAAGGUCACGCAUGGGUGUUGCCGCCCUUCUUGGAGCACUUGCACGUCGUGUGGGAUCACUUUUCGAAUUCAGAACUUGCCGAUGCACUGUACGAAAAGUCGGGUGUGAAUAAGAUAUUGAAGGGAUUCAAGGGACGCGACGGCAAGUUGGAUUAUGACAAACUCUUCGAUUCGCUGAACAAUCAAUCGUUCCGCAGACGUUGGAUCAAGUCGGCGACGCUCUAUUUGGCCGAUUGGACGAGUUAUUUGGCAAAUCCGGAAGUUUAUCUCAAAUACAUCCAGACGGCGCAACUGAUGUUCAACGGUUUUCUCAAGUCUCAAGGUUAUCCAAAGAGCACCUACUUCGACCCCAGCCGCGCCAGCGAGACCAUCUCAAAUCUGUGCGAUCAUGUGGCCAAGCAACAUCUCAAUGUGAAGAUCGACUCGCGCCAAUAUGUCAAACCGGCUGUCGGCUAUGCCAGAGAAUUGCUGAAAUUGGGUCAAGCGCGAGGUCUGCUGCAGUUCAAUGCUACCGAAUUGAGUGACAAACUAACCGAUACGCUCAAUUUGGAGGUCAUCGAGCCGGUGCUAAAAGUACAUCGUGCCUACAGAUUUAUCUCGAAAUCUCCACAAUGCGAUCGCUACGUGCUCUGUGAAUUGAAUUCGCCCGAAGAAAGUGCGGCUGGCAAUGCGCGUGGCCUAAUUUCUGGUGUGAGUCCGAAAAUCGUGAAGAUCGGCAGCAUGGGAGCGGCCAUAUUCAUUAGCACCGAAACUGGCACACCGUUCUGGACAUUGUUUGGCGUCAUAAAUGCGCCCUACAACUGUGAGGUCAAAUAUCCAGUCGAUUGUAGUGGCUUCCACGAGGGCGAGGCCAAAGUGACCACGGAGUAUGUGCACAAUGAGUUGUGAGCGCGCGGUGCUUGUGGGCAGAAUUAGUAUUGUUCGUUUGAGCACAACAACAAUUGAACGAAAAAGAAAAACAACAAGCUGUGGAUGUGAUGUUGAUCUACAAGGCGGCGAUCGUUAAGCGAAAAGAUCGCGGCUGCUUAUUUUAAAUUAAGUUUAGUUAGUUGUUAGUUGUACGUACUUAAUAAAUAAAAUUUAGCCGUUAUUAAAGUAAUUAAUUGAUAUGAAAAAUAGAAAAAUGUAUUUUUUUCU